GUUGAUUUACUCCCGGGCGAAUUCAAAGGAUGCGGAACUGGCCGCUCGGAUCCUCGCCGGAUUUGCUGCCGGUCUUUCGAUACUCCCAUGACAACCCUAUUGGAGCGGUAGAGACACACAUUAUAUUCUUAACCUGCUAAGCGAUGAUGAUUUUGUGUACUGCACGAAGCACUUGCUAUACGAACUACGACGUCGUCUGAGACCAUAUGCUUCGACGACCAUAGAUAUGAAGGACAACAGCAUCCUGCGAGUCCAAGAGGCCGCUGCAUCUGCCAUUUGUUCCUUGAGUCAGGCUGCCAGCGAUAUUAAUGCAAUAGUGCACCGUUCUGAAGCUAAACGACGCCAAGAUCAUCCGCCUGCAUCGGCGUCCAACCUAUGUUAUGUGUUCACAACAGCAUGUCCGGUAGGAUGGCUCCUCUUCACCGCCGUACCUGAUUUGCGAAGUGCCAACGACGUCUGGGUGAAAAAGAUGAAAUCCUUCUUAUCUAAACCGAGCACAGUGGAAACUUUACUCCGAUGUGCGCAAAAGAACGUCUCGCUGAGUAUCUCCGCCGACUUCAUACGGACUCUCUCCUUGAUAUGGUCGCGCAGGAUGAUCUACUGGCAUCGUCUUGACAAGAGGAUGGAGGACUUGCCUUGUCCGUUGAAUACCAUUCAUGCCAAUCACAGGAAAACGAUCUUACGCAGUCUGCAGGACCUCGUGAAUUUCGCACUACAUGAGCCAGAGUUUUCUUUCCUCUCUCAACUCCACUUGGCCAAGAUUAUCAUCUCUCAGAAGAUUCGACGCACCUACCCUGCAAUCGCGGAGAUUCUAACAGCCUGCCUUAUCUACUGGCGGCAGGCUCUAGGCACUAAGGAGCUGGACUGGUUCGCCAGCGAGACUAUUGAAUGUCUGCGCGAUCUGUUCCAAGAUGCCCGAGAAAAGAGAAAACAUGUCAUCGAGCAGCGGAUUGCAGAAUCGCCAGGAGGUCUCGCUUGUCUCAGAUUGAUGUUCAACAGUCAUUUGAGCAUUACGCAGGCUCUUCGUAUCUUCGUGAAGAUCGAGGAUUUCAAUCGGGUAAUACUACGUUACUUGGCAAGAGCCCAGGUCAGCAACAGGACCAUUGGCCCGGAUGAUUAUGCACACCUGUGUUCAACAUCAGCUGCAGGACUGCUGGCGGAAUUGGCUAAGGUCAGGGGAGUAGCAGACUUGCUUGGACUCAAGGGAGUUGAAGACAAGGGGCCCAAGAGAAAUGCAUACGGCCAGUCGGUUGGAGGACAGCGACUCGGACCGACUUGUCAAAUAUUCGCCGACCGUUUCAUGCGAAGGGCAGAAGACGAGCAAUAUUGUAGAUUGGCAACGACCCCAUCCGACAGUCGGAGGACGGAGACCGACUCGUCACGCUCUCUGCGAUUAUCGCGUAGUGUGGCGAGAAGCCAGCGUGCAGGUGCUGACUGGGACUCAGAGAGCUGUGUGAUGUCCGAACUUCCAUCGCGAGUUUUGCCAGAACUGCGCCCAACUGGUCACGCUGUCCCCAAUUUUAGGGUACUAUGGCGCGAAGCCUGCCGUGCAGGUGGUGACUGGGACCCGGAGAGCUGUGACAUGUCUGAACCUCCACCACACUCUCAGCCAGAACCGCGAUCGGCUGGUCACGCUGUCAGCGAUUUUGACGUACUGUGGCGCGAAGCCUGCCGUGCAGGUGCUGACAUGGACGCGGAGAGUUGUGGCAUGUCUGAACCUCCAUCACGACUUCGGCGAAGAACGACUGCUCGCAUUCAUACUUCUCUUCUGGGAGUCGUUGGGCAAUCCGGCUUGCGCCCAGCGUUCGGCAUGUUCGAGGACUUGGAGCCGACGCUCAUGGAGACGUUUGAAUGGAGUCUGAACUCUCUCCUGGGGACCAGGAAUGCAACUCGUGUGAUCGAUCGCGUGCUCAAGACUUGCUUGAACGAUCUCGAUCCUAGGCUGCUAACGCUCUUCUUCCCGCCUAUGGUGAAACUGCUCAUCAAGCCAUGUGCCACGCUGGACGUGCGCUUGAAGCUCUCUCAGCUGGAGGUAAGCUGCAACGAAGAGAUUAGAGAGACGCUGAUCGAGGUGUUGACGACAACCGCUCCUCUCGUCCUUGAGAUGAGUGAUCCCACAGAGCAGGAACUUGAGGAGGAUGCUUUGUUUCCAUCCAAGGCCACGGUGCAGUCGUCUCGAAAUGAGUUGUGUGAUUGGCUAAGGAGGAAUUAUCCACAGCUGGACACGGGCACGGAUGGGCAGGGGGGCGACAGCACACCCAUUCAGCUGCUUUGGAACGUGAUUCGAUCGAAUCCUUGUCCAGAGCAGGGCCCUUCCAUCGUCGUGGAAAAUGGCACAGGCAACCAGGAGGCGGAUGCUUCUCUUACCGGCUCGCCGAGGCAAGAUUUCGUUAGGAGACCACGAAGAAAUUCUGACGGUCCUUCCUUGGAUAGGGCGGAUGGACCUGACAGGGAAACUGAUGACGUCCAAAGCCCACAGAGGGAUCUUGUUGACCCUAAUGAAAUACAAGAGAGUGUUACAUGAUGAUAUAAUCGUAGAUACUCAGUGUCGGACCCGUGAACGUGACCGGCACCGGUCACUUAAACGUGGCCGGCCGUU